AUGGCGGAAGCUAAAGUGAUCAUCGAAGACAAGGUCGAACAACAACCACCGAUUCAAUUUUUUCGGGGUUUUGCAUUCGAAAACCAUGUUUUGAACCAAACCCAAGAUUCCUUUCCUGGACCCGACCUUAAUCUUAGGCUGUCUCUGGGAGGGAUUUACGGUACUGGGAACUACAGUACCGAACAAAAGCCUUUAACCAGGUCAUCAUCCAUACCAGGAAAAAUGGUGAUCCUCAAGAGGAGUUCCAUCGAACAGGUGGAAAACACCACGCCUAAGAGUUAUCUUCCGAUGCCGAGGUCUUGUUCGUUGCCUGUGGAAGUGGAGAGGAGUAGAAGGGUGGUGAACAUUAAGGAGUUAAGGAUGAUGAAGCGAGCUGAGGCGAAGAGAAGAGCCGAGGAGAAGCAUAGGAAUGCCAUGAAAGGGACUGAUAAGGAAAGGUUCUUAACGGCGGCGCCUGCUGAAGCUGCUGCUACAAACCCUGCGCUUAAUACAGCCAUUGAUAACAUACACAAAGGACUAGGUGCACCAUCAUCUUCUAACCUAAUGAAGUCCGAACUAGGGAUCACUUCCGGAGCCGGAAACUUGGUGAAACUCGAGCUCAAGGAAACCGAAUCCGAGAAUGCGGCCAAGAAGGCUAAACUUUCCAGUAGGAUGCUUCAAGACGAUGGGAUGGCUGUGAUGAACGCAAUGCCUACCGUGACCACCACCGGCCCCGACGGGAGGAAAAUAGAAGGGUUUCUUUACAAAUACACCAAAGAACAGGUGAUCAUAGUAUGUGUUUGCCACGGGCAUUUCCUUUCACCGGAAGAGUUCGUGAAGCACGCCGGUGGUAUGGAUGUCGCGAACCCGAUGAAGCAUAUCAAGGUCUGCACAAACUCCUUUUUCUAG